UUUGAGGAUCCCUGGUAUAGACUUUUCUUUGGUAUCUAAUGAUUCAAUCUCUUAAAUAUCUCAAAGGAAUACAGAACAUUCCAGGGGGGAAAAAAUAAUAAAAGUGAAUUUUUCACAUCAGCCCAAGCAGAGCAUGAGUAUUAUUAAGUAUCAAACAGUCCGCCCAAUAUCUGGAGUCAAGUAUCAUGAGCGCAUUUACGGGACGGGCGGAUGAGCUGCUUUACGCAACAACUGGUGUUGCUUCUGUAGGUCGGUUAAAGGGCUCUCCAGAGAUUUACUUUAUUAUCUUUUACAGCGAUCCCUUCCUGGCAGUAAAGCGCGUUUAGACACGGUGUAAUCUGAAAUGCGCGGUCGGUUUGCGUCGACGCUUGUGUUGGUGUUGCUGUGGUGUUGCGGCAGCGCGCCGGGUGAACGGGGACUGAAGGUGUCCAGGAGAGCGCCGAGGACUCGCUCCUGUCUGGACUUACCGGAGGAGAUUUUGGAGCAGAUGUUCGGGAGGCUCUCGGUCGGCGUUCUCAGCGCGUUUCAUCACACCCUGCAGCUCGCGCCUCCAGAGCGACAGAAUCUGACCUGUCAAUCAGCGUCUCGCCUUGCGCGCGACAAACCGCGUACCUCUGUCAACUUCCUCAGCCUCUCGCCCUGGGCGUACAGAAUCUCCCAUGAUCCAGCGAGGUACCCUCGAUAUCUCCCGGAGGCGUACUGUUUGUGUAAGGGAUGCCUGAGCGGACCGAACGGGGAGGAAAGUGAGCGCCUCCGCAGCACUCCAGUGUUCAUGCCGACCGUCAUAUUGCGCCGGACCGGCUCGUGCGUCGGGGGCCGUCAUUCCUACACGGAGAGCUACGUGUCCAUCGCCGUGGGUUGUACUUGUGUGCCAUUGUUGGAAAAAGACAGAAAAACACAGAAGGGCAAGCCAAGCGUGAAAAGAGUAUGGUCUAAAAAUUUCAGCACCUUUAGAAAGAAUGGACUGAACUGAUCCAUUUUAGAUUUUCUUUUUCUGUGUCAGUUUUCUUAUUUCCUUCAUUUUUUCUUUUAGUCGGUGAAAGGAAAACUUGAGACAGAACUUGCUCUCACAGCUGCAGAUUCUAGUCUGCAGUGCCAAGCAAAAGGAAAACUUUCUGUGCCAAAAUACAAACAUUUUCUAAUCCAAAGUACUUUGAGAAAGCCAGUCAGCAUCAUGGUGUUAGAUAACCAAAUACCGUUCAGAUGUAUUCAAGUAUACAGAAAAACACUAGAAAUGCUUCUGUUAAAGGCAAACAAGGUUAUCAUUUACAAGAAGACAUAUAUUUAGCAUGACUUUGGGUCAGUCCUCCUAUGAUUACUUUAUUAAAACAACAAGAACACUGAUAUCGCACAAGUCUAGUGUAUAGUAUAUUAUAUACAAAUGCAUUUCAAACAUUCACUUCAAGCCCAUUUUAUGCAUUGAAA